UACAUGUGCUCUGCCGCUUUUAAAUCUCUCUUCUUCUUCCUCGUGUCACUCUUUCUCACACUCUCUGCUCAAACAUUUUUAUUGUCUCUCUGCCCAAAUUUAUAUAUUUCUUUAUCUUUUCCCGGAAUAUUUCCUAGAAAAACCCAAGCAAAGCUUUAAGCCUUCCUCACCCCCUAAAGUAGCAUCUUCCUCCUUUUUUUUCUUUCUUUCUUUCUUAUCUCUCUCUCGCGUUUGUGAACGAUUCCUUAAGAAUAUAACCAAAAGCUCUUUUUUUUUACCCCUUUCUUCAACUUUCCUGGGAAAAAUCUUCACGCAGCAAGGUUUUCUCUCUCGCAGUGUUUUUUCGUGCCUUUUGUUCUUUCUAUAAAACAAAAAAUUCGCUUCCUUUGAGAAAACUUUCUUUUCUUUGCAGAGAGCAUCACUCUUGUUCUUCAAGUUUCGUCUUCCUUUUUCCUUCAAAAAAAGAAAAAAUCCAUCUUUAUUCUUUGUCUCUUUCCUUUUUUUGCUUUCACAGUCUCUCUAUGCUAUAAAAGGUCACAAAGAGAGACACAGUCACAGUCUUGAGCGAAACAGAGAGAGAGAAAGAGAGAUGGAAGCUGAGAAGAAAAUGGUUGUACCGAGAAUCAAAUUCACAGAGCACAAAACCAACACGACGAGAAUCGUGCCGGAUUUAACCAACACCCACCAAACCAGGGUUCUUCGUAUCUCAGUCACUGACCCUGACGCUACUGAUUCCUCAAGUGACGACGAAGAUGAAGAACGCAACAGGUUCGUCUCUAAACGCCGUCGUGUCAAGAAGUUCGUCAACGAGGUCGUUCUCGAUUCUGGUGCUGUUUCUGGAAGCUGUAGUCAAAUGGAGUCGAAGAAGUCACGAAAGAGAGCCGUUAAAUCGGAGUCUACUGCUUCUCCGGUUGUUUCAGCUACUACGGCGACGACGGGAGAGAAGAAGUUCCGGGGAGUGAGACAGCGUCCGUGGGGGAAAUGGGCGGCGGAGAUAAGGGAUCCACUUAAACGUGUACGGCUCUGGUUAGGUACUUACAACACCGCGGAAGAAGCAGCCAUGGUUUACGAUAACGCCGCGAUUCAGCUCCGUGGUCCCGACGCUCUCACUAAUUUCUCCGUUAAUCCGACCACCACGACGAAGACAGAGAAAAAGUCUCCACCACCUUCUCCGGUGAAGAAACAGAAGAAGAAAAACAACAAAAUCAAAAAGUCCGUUACUGCGUCUUCCUCUGUCAGCGGAAGCAGCAGCAACGACUGUCUCUGCUCUCCGGUUUCAGUUCUCCGAUCUUCGUUCACCGUCGACGAAUUCUCCGAAAGCUCUUCGCCAGCCGCAGCGGCGGUUGUAGUCAAAGAAGAGCCUUCGAUGACGACUGUAUCAGAGACUUUCUCGGAUUUCUCGGCUCCCCUGUUCUCAGAUGAUGACCUGUUCGAUUUCCGGAGCUCGGUGGUUCCAGACUACCUCGGCCUCGGCGGUGGCGAUUUGUUCGGGGAAGAUAUAUUCACGGCGGAAAUGUGUACGGAUAUGAACUUCGGAUUCGAUUUCGGAUCUUCCGGAUUAUCCAGCUGGCACAUGGAGGACCAUUUUCAAGAUAUCGGGGAUCUAUUCGGGUCGGAUCCUCUUUUAGCUGUUUAAUAUUAUUUAAAUAAAUAAAAAAAAUAGUUUAACCGGCCGUUACUAAACGGAACCCGGAGAAAGUUUUGUAUACCGGUGAAAAUAUAAAUCUCGGUCAUGUUCGUUUUUUUUAAUUGUUUUUUUUUCUUUUCUGUUAUAUAUAAAUAUAUAUAAGUCAAAUUGUAUCAAUGUAGUUACUGGUGAUAUUAAUUAAAGUUAGUAACGUAUUUUAUUACAA